UUUACUUUCAUUAAGUGCACAUUCCUGCAGGCUCCUAUGGGAAUUAGACAUUCGUCCCGCUGCAUGCUCCUCAGGAGAAAAAUGGCGGAGUCUGAGAGCUGCGAGCAACCCCAGCUACAACCACAGCCGAUCCGCAUCAUUACUUCAGCGCAGCCAACCUCAUUGCCCAAGCCUGUGCCUUGUGUCCAGCAUGCCCCUCGACCUCCUCGCCCACACCCACACACCCCCCAUGCUGCUAGCCUCCCUAGCUGUCCAGGUCGGGGCAAGAUGUCCAAGUUCCUCAACCCGGAGGAGAUGACUUCACGGGACUACUACUUUGACUCCUAUGCCCACUUUGGUAUUCAUGAGGAAAUGCUGAAGGAUGAGGUGAGGACACUCACCUACAGGAACUCCAUGUACCACAACAAGCACAUCUUUAAGGACAAAAUAGUUUUGGAUGUUGGGAGUGGGACUGGAAUCCUCUCCAUGUUUGCAGCUAAAGCUGGGGCAAAGCACGUGUACGGGAUUGAGUGCUCCAGUAUAUCAGAGUACUCCGAGAGGAUCAUCAAGUCCAACCACCUUGACAGUGUUAUCACAAUUUUCAAAGGAAAGGUGGAGGAGGUGGAGCUUCCAGUGGAGAAGGUUGACAUCAUCAUAUCUGAAUGGAUGGGCUACUGCCUUUUUUAUGAAUCCAUGCUCAACACUGUCAUCUUUGCAAGGGACAAGUGGCUGAAACCCGGUGGAUUAUUGUUUCCUGACCGAGCUUCCUUGUACGUACUGGCCAUAGAAGACAGACAAUAUAAAGACUUCAAAAUUCACUGGUGGGAGAACGUGUACGGAUUUGACAUGACAUGCAUUCGUAAUGUGGCGAUGAAGGAGCCCCUGGUGGAUGUGGUGGACCACAAACAGGUGGUGACCAACUCUUGCUUGGUGAAGGAGGUGGACCUCUACACAGUAAAGCCUGACGACCUCUCAUUUACCUCGCCUUUCUGCUUGCAAAUCCAGAGGAACGACUACGUCCAUGCUCUGAUUACUUACUUCAACAUUGAGUUCACUAAGUGUCACAAGAAGACUGGCUUUUCCACAGCUCCAGAUGCUCCUUACACCCACUGGAAGCAGACUGUGUUUUACCUGGAGGAAUACUUGACGGUGCGAAGAGGAGAAGAAAUCAUUGGCACCAUUGCAAUGAAGCCCAACGAGAAAAAUAUUCGUGACUUGGACUUUACUUUUGAACUGGAUUUCAAAGGGCAGCUGUGUGAAGCGGCGAUAUCUCACGACUACAAGAUGCGUUAAGUUGGACGGCGACCUCCCACCGAGUCUGAGUCCUGAGCACAGCGAGGGGGACAGAGACUCAGAAGGAUGUGAGAGGGUCAAAAGCAAAACAAACAGAAAUCAGGCCAAAGACUAGAGGUGGUCCUAUAG